CUACCAUUUGAGCUACAUCCCCGAUUGAUGGACAUGGAACACUUUAUAUUUGUAGAUGAUCGUCUUGAAGAGAGUGAAAAAUGCAGUCAAAGCAUUGCUAAUUAAGGCAAAAUCAUAAGCAGAAGUGCAGAACGUACAAAGCACAAACAAUACAUGAAAGAGGAGGAAAGACAAAAACCUGGGGCAUUAGAACGUUUGGAAACUCUUAGCUUGGUGCGAAAGGAAGAAGCGCCUGAGACCCUAAAGUUUGGAAACUCUUAGCUUGGUGCUAUAGGAAGAAGCCCCUGAGACCCUAAACCCUAAAUGGACGGUUCGGCCAAAAGAUCACCUUGAUUAUUCUUUUUAUAUAUCCAGUAUAUAUAAAGGCCCAAUUAUACUGGUUUUUAAAGGGAUGAAAAGCGUGUGAAAAGUUGGUAACAGUCAACAAGGAGUGAGCAGACGACAACCUAACCGCCAAACCCUACUGGUAGCGAUCGGAACGCCGGCGUUUUAACGGUGAUCAGCAAAUUCAGGCAUACAUUAAACUAUUGAGAAUGGCCGCCGAGGAAGAAAAUACGACGUCGUUCAAGAGUUUGGGGCUGUGUGAUCAAUUGGUGAAGGCUGUUGCUGAACAGCAAUGGAAAUCCCCUACCCCUAUUCAAGCCGAAGUGAUUCCUCAUGCCCUCGAAGGAAAAGAUUUGAUAGCACUUUCCCAAACGGGUUCGGGUAAAACCGGAGCCUUUGCCCUUCCAAUAUUGCAAGCUCUAUUCGAUUCUCCCCAACCCUUUUUUGCUCUGGUUCUGUCCCCGACAAGGGAGCUUGCACUUCAGAUUGAUCAGCAGUUCCAAGCUCUUGGGCCUGGAAUUGGCGCCAAGUCUGUAGCGCUUGUUGGAGGAGAGAGUGAGGUGCAACAAUCUACUGUUCUUGCAAAGCAGCCGCAUAUUAUUGUUGCAACACCUGGACGCCUUCUUCAUCAUCUAACCAAGACAAGGGGAUUCUCUCUAGGCACAAUUAAAUAUUUGGUUUUAGAUGAGGCAGACAGGUUGCUUGGUGAGGAGUUUGAGAAAACAACAAAUGAAAUUCUAAAGGUCAUUCCUCAUGGUGGUGAACGGAGAACAUAUUUAUUUUCCGCUACUAUGACCAACAAGGUCAAGAAGGUGGCAAGGGCUGGUCUAAGGAACCCUGUGAAGAUUGAAGUAGCAUCUAAGUAUUCUACUGUUGAAACCCUACAGCAGCAAAUGAUGAGUACACCAGUGCAGUACAAGGGAUGUUAUCUCGUAUGUCUUCUUAAGAAGUGGCAACGCACUGACCAAAAAAAGAAGAAGUGCCAACGCAGAGCAAUGGUGUUUGCUGAAAAAUGCGCAGAAACACCCUUUUUGGCUUGUAUGCUUCAAAAUCUUGGAAUCAAGGCCAUCCCCCUUCAUGGUAAAAUGAGCCAGUCGGAAAGAGUUGGAGCCUUAAAUGUGUUCAAAGCUGGACAGAAUAACGUACUUGUUUGCACUAAUUUGCCAAGUAGAGGAUUGGAUAUCCCAUCAGUGGAUAUGGUUAUCAAUUAUAAUAUGCCCGAGAAUCCUAAGGUUAGGCUUGCUACCUAGUUUGCUGUUUGCCUCAUAUAUAUAUGGUGUAGCAAUUGCUCAUGUUUCAGUGCCUUUUUAUUGUUUUUCUAUUUAGUAUCUUACGAAAUUGCAUUUUGCAGCACCUAUAUAAUACGAAGCCACUUUAAGUUUGUCCCAGUAUUCAUUAGUUGUGAUCACGGCACGUUUUUAUUGUCAAAUUAUGAUGCUCCUUUGUCGCUCGCUCACUCAAUCACUUAAUGUACCACUACAGGAAAAUUGAUUAUUCACGACGCAAGAUUUACGGCGUGCAUCAAAUGCGUGCAGUGAAUGAGUGUCAUUUACGACGUGUAUUAAAUGCGUGCAGUAAAUCUUGUAAAUUUUUGAAGAAAAUUACGGCAUGUUUGUAAAGAACGCCGUAAAAUCACACUUUUAUUGAAAUUUAGGGCGUUUUCCCGUUGCCACGCUGGCACGCUGUAAUUUCAGCCCACAAAAAAAAAAUUGUCCCAUUUAUAAAAUUAGCCCGUUACAAAACUCAGACUUCUCCCUCGUCUCUCUCUCUCACUCUCCUCACAACGUACAUUGCUCCGGCCUCCUCCGCUCUCCCAUUGCUCCGACCACAGUAGGUUCUUUCUUCUCUCCCAUCCACAACUCUUAUGUGAUUGUUGCUGAAAUUUUCUGUGAUUGUUAGCUUCGAAGCUUUGAUUUUACAUACUUGGUGUUCGAUUGUGGUUUUCUACAAGUAAUUGCGGUUGAUUCUUGAAGUUUUGUUAUAGUCAUUUCGUCGAACACUUGGUGUACGUUCUUGAUUUUCGCUCAGCUCGACUAUUUCUCUUUGAUUUUGUUCGUCGAGUGUAAGGGUUCACUUCUUCUAUGCAUUUCUGGAUUUUGUUCUAUGAUUUUGUUCAAUUUGUUUCAGUUCUUCCUGGUACAUUCCUAUUUGUGGUUCUGCAAAUAAUAGCUAGUCUCCCUGUGUAUAUAUAUAGGAUCGAUUGUUUGAACCUUUUGAAAUGCACAAAAUCCAAAUCUGGACAAAAUCUAAUCAGAUCAGCUCAUCUUCAUGGUUAGGAGUUAGGACUUAGAGCUGAGCAAUGUUCAUUAAGCUUCAAACCCUUUUGAGUUUUCUGGACAAUUUAGUGAGUUUUCUGGAUAAUUUUGUAUGCCUGGUGGUAUUUGGGUUUGAAGCAUGAUAUACUUGGGAUACAUGGACCCGAAAGUGUUUUGGAAUUUGGUAUUUGCUUUUGAUAGGAGGGCACUGAAUAUAUGGAUAUAGAGUGA